AUAUUAUAUAUAUAUAUCUAUAUAUAUAUAUCUAUAUAUAUAAUAUUAUUACUAUAAUUGUAGUUAUAACGAUUAGCUAGUAAGUCAUUUUCAUUGUUACUUACAUAAAUAUUGGAAAAAAAUUACAAAAACAGGAAAAAAACAACAAAAAAUUAAAAUAAAACGUACAUUUAAUAUAAACAAUUCUCUCGUUAUUUGACUUUUGAUGAACGAUCAUCAAUCUUAUCACGAUUUGUAUACAUAGAAUGAGAUUCCUAACUUGGCUUUUGCUCAAGCGAAAAAAAUGUAAAAAUUUAUGUAGAAAUCAAUAAUCAAUAGAUUGUUUAUUAGAUAUGCGGUCUGCUGGAAUUGCGAUUCUGGAAGGAAGGAAACUAUAAACAACAACUACGACGACGACGACGAUGAUGAAUGAAUGGGAGAGCUUGCGGAUGAAAACGAAAAGGAAAGGAAAGGGGGAUAAAUAAAUGGCUGUUGCCGCCGGGCUUUCAAAACUAAAAGGUGAACCCUAUAGCUGACCCCGUCCCGUCCCCGCUUAUUCGGGCAUUUUCGUUUUGCCGAGAAAAAAUAGUUAAGAGGCUGGAACAGUAGAGGGCGGCCCGAGGGGUGGGGGCGCCGAGUUGAGGGACAGGUGUCAACGGCAGGAAUCUUUUUAGAGGAUUUUGUCGUCGGCCCGAAUAUAUCAUCGAAAUUCCAUAAAUGGUAAGCGGUUAUUAAUAAUUAUUAUAUUAAUUUAGAGGGUCGAGGAUAUCAGGGCUGACGUUUCACUACUUGAACGGCCAUUUUAUGUUGAAAUUCGUGCGAAUUCGGCCCCGUAUCGACUGGCUAUGUGGUAUGAGGGGGGAAAGGACGCUUCCCCCCGUUCCACCCCUGCGUCUAUCGGCGAAAUGUUACUGACGGCUUAAGCGAAAUACUGCAUUUUUAUCGCGUGUUUAUCGUACAAGGGCCAACCGAAUAUACAACCCUAGGACCCGAAACAUGGGGAAAGGGACAACUUUGUACUCGAUUGACGAUUUGCAAUGAAUUUCCCGCCGUUCGGAGGCCAUUUUCCUGGUACAAUACCGAGUAUCCACCAGUUUGCGACGGAUAGUUCGGGUGGAGCUGGUGCUCGGUACGCCAAUCAUUUUCCCAACCAGCCUCCAAUCGGAGUGCCGGUUAUGGGAAAAUACCGGGCUGAAGCAAACGGCGUUCAAUCUGCACAAUCUCAAGUUAUGAUGAACAACAAAUCUAGUUAUCCAAACAGCAAUGUUCAUCAUUAUCCAAACGUUCCGUACUCCCAAGGACAAGCGGUUCAACAACGUCCUAGUAAUUCACCCGGCAUGCAAGAGAAACGCAGUUAUCAUCAGACAACGGAAACUAUAAACCAGCAGGACGUGUGCAAUCUACUUCAAGAAAAAGAUAAGGGCAAAGACAAAAAAAGUGACGACCAUCAGCGGAAUGGAGAAGCAACUACGAAUGGUUCUCAGCAAGAUUAUACGAUGCAUCAGCAUCACCAACAACAUGCCCACACGCAAACACCUGCGACAAUGCCUGCAACCUGGCAGUCUUUGGCGACGCCUGGCUCGACCGUUGCCGAUUAUCUGAGUCAUUUACCCGCAAGUACGUUACCUUUAAGUUUGCACCAUUUUUUGAAAUAUUCAGCGGAAAGCAUCAAGAAAGAAUCAGAAAUGGCUCAGACAACAUCUGUGGCUGUUGCAACAACAACAACACCCAAUAUAAUGAUGUCUCCGAACAACAAGAAGAAGAAAAAGAAGAAGGCACCAAAGGAGAAAAAGCCACGACCGAAACCAGGUGAGAUUCGUUUGACCACUGCUCUAGAUGGUUCGACACUUUAUUGCUGUCCAGAGUGCCACAUGGCAUAUCCAGAAAGAGAACUUUUGGAACAGCACUUACUUGGACACACGUUGGAACGGAGAUUUGUCUGCGAUAUUUGUGGGGCAGGCUUGAAGAGAAAGGAUCACUUGACACGCCAUAAACAAAGUCAUAAUCCAGAGAGACCAUACGUUUGUACCGUUUGUCUCAAAGCUUUUAAAAGAAAGGAGCAGCUCACGUUACACUUUGUGAUACAUUCCGGUGAGAAGCGGCACGUUUGUACUGAGUGCGGAAAAGGAUUUUACAGAAAAGAUCAUCUGAGGAAGCAUACCAGGAGCCAUAUUGCCAGACGAGUCAAAGCUGAGCUCAGUCAGAAUGCUGGUACUCAGCAAAAUCAACAGCAGAACAAUGCAUCUAAUAUGCAGACGACAACCGUGACAGCGUCGUCAGUUCUUCCAGGGGGACAUCCAGGAGCACUUUUGUCCUGAGCCCCGCCACCCGGGAACUUCCAGGUUCCCCAUCCAAAUAAUAUUAUUCACCCGCACACUCCGCAUCACACUUUGCAUCAUCAUCAUUUGGCAGCUGUCAACGUAGCGCAUCAGUCAAGUACCGCACCACUUACAGCCGCAGGUCACUACCAAGCUCACGAAUUGAGUUUUUUGGGGCAUGUCAAAGAUUUCUGAGACAAGGCAACAACCUCCGCUGAGAGGAUGUGUAUUGUCAGGUAACUAAAAAUUUUCACUAUGAAAUCUUGGUGCAUGCAACAGAGGAAACAAUAUUUGCAGCUUGGCGUGUUUCAUGGGUGUACGACUUUCCUUACAUAUGACACUGUUCUGUGGCGUUGGCAAUAUUAUUUGAUGAAUCAAAAAAAAAAUUAAGUCAAGUGGUGAACACAGUGGUAUUAUAACGUGACUUACAUUUGUUUACUUCGUUUAUUUGUUUUUAUUUUCCAUAGUUCCUUGUGGAAAACUUGUUUGAGUUCGUUCGUGACGCGUUUCGAAAUAUUCACAUAGUUUGUGAUAUAAUCACGAAUAUGCAGUGUACUUAUACUUGUAUGCUUAUUCUUCAUUCAGAAUCAUUCGAUCAUUAGGUUUUUUGAAGUGGGACAACUUUAACUUAGACACAGAUUGCCAAAUAGAAAAAUGAAUAAUUCAUGACUCUAUGACCCUUAUAAAGUAUAAUCGAAAUAUCUCUACAAGAAUACGAAUACCUUUUGUCGUUAAAAAUCGUGCGAUCAGCCCAGGAAGCUAUAAUUCGGUACAGACUUUUAUAUCAAGGUGGUAACAGUCGAAACAAACCUGGAAACAUCAGAACAAAAUUUUUUAUUCGUCAGCGUCUCACCGCAGUCUACCCAGUAACCAUUUAAUUACUCCGGAGCAUAGUAAACCAAUAAAUUCGAACGUCAAUUCCGUUGACCGAAGAAUUAGCCAGACAGACGUUAAUUGUUCAUAUCUCUGCUCGAGUAAAAAAUCAAAAGAAAAGCGGUGUAAUUCGUGAAGCGCUUGUGUAGCUACCCUGUUACGCAAUGAAGUAUAGGAUUCUAUUGCGAUGGAAGACACAAUUUUCAUACGUGCUCAGUCGAUCGUGCACAACAAACAUCACUGAAAUGGCAGCAGCUGUAAUUAUCGUUGAACAUGUGCCGAUCAUCAUUUUGUCAUGCUCGUAUACAUACCUUCGAAUGUGUGACAAAUCUUUCCACCCCUACAUAGGUGAACUACAGAUUUUUGUUACUUUUUUCGAUUUAAUACGCGUUGCGAUUUCUUCCGAAUUUUGAUUCGCAAUGAUCGUAAGUAUCGAAAUUAUUUAGCGAAGUAAAAGGUUGCCAAUAACUGCACAUUGUCGAUAAAGAACGAAAACUUAUUUCAGUAUGAUCGAUUCAUGCAAUAGAAAUUCAUGUAGGUGCAUAUAACAAUAAGUUUCACGAAUAACGAACUUCAGAAUAAAAAAUUUCGCGCUCGCAUCCAUUCAUCUAUAAAUUGCUUGGAUUCCAAGAAGACUGACGCAAAAAGAUGAAUAUAUUCAUAUUCGAAAAGCACACCGAUGUCAGAAUUAUUAUUUAGGAGAUAUUUAAUAUUGAACCAAACCGUAAUGCAAAUGACGGGACAUACAGAAAUAGAUUUACUUUGAAUGAAAGUAGGAAAACGUUUCCUGAAAUAAUCUACGUUCAUGAUAAUUUUCAGUACACUAGAGUCCUAUAAGUAUGUUACAUCUUGGUCACGUUAAAAACCAAAUUCUUUACUUUCCUUCGAUACCCUGAGCGUAGGUAUCCGACACAAAGGUCUUGCCAUAAUACGUGAAAAAAGAUGAUAUUUUUGUGGUAGGUUGAUAAUGAUAUAGAAAAUAUGAUUAAUGCUGGAAAAUGUGAACGCAUGUUUUCGUUAGAAAGUAUGUUUAGGAUAUAAUGCUUAAUUAUGCUCUCCUUGUGUAAAUUCAAAUGCAUUUUCUCAGUGAUUGUGUUGCGUAAAUUAUGUUAGGCUUAGUUUUAUCAAUUGAAAUUAAAGUCCUUGUACCAUUACCGGUGAAAGGGCUCUAGAGCUCUGUACUAUGAAAUCAUGUGGCAAUAUCGAGAGAAAUAAUUCUAUUCCAAUUUUAAACAAAGUUAUCAGUAUUCUUAUUUUAUUUACAUCUAAAUUUAUGUGAAAUUAAUUCGUUGUUACUAUUACUAUUUUAUUUUUCACCGCAUAUUAUUUAGACGGACGUAAGACUAAAGCAAAAAACAUUAAACUUUUGCAUAUAUUUAUAUAAAGAAGAAAACAAAAACUAUGUUGACAUUUUAUUUUCAUAGCAUAAUUUCGGAUUCAUAUACGUAUAUCCCAUCGAUUGAUAUAUUAUGAUGAUUAUUAUUAUUUUUAUUUAGCCAGAUUUUAUUUUGAUAUUCCCAUUUUGUGAACCGAGAUAUGGGAAUAUCGCAAUCUCUGAAUUAACUGGUUGUGAUAAUUUUUUGCAGCUAUGCUUUUACUGUGUACUUUUCAUUGGUUAUUGUUUUUUUAUCACUUUUUUUUCGUUUGUGAUUUUUUCAUUGGAUAUUAUUUGUAUCGUAACGAUACCGCAAUGAUUUCUUGCCAUACUAAUAUAUCAUUAAAAUGUGUAUAUUUUUUAGUAACCGCUAAUCACUUCUCUGCCAUAUUAUAUCUUUAUUAUUCCUACGAUUAGCAGAAAAAAAACAUGAGUAAUGGAAGUAUGAAAAUGUGCGGCAAACAGGCCACACUAAAUAUGUUUAAAGAUUAUAUACGCAAAACAUUACUCUAUACCUUAAUGUGCAGCAAGGAUUGCCGAGUAUCAAAAUAUCUAACGAUAAGGCAAUGCGUAUUCUUUGCUUGAAAAAAAGAGAAAAAUUCACAUCAUAAACACGUAUCAUAGAGAAAUCUAUGCUUUAUAAAUUUAAAGAGUAAUAGUUGUAAUUAGAAAGAAAAAAAGGAUGAGAUAAAAUACCCAUUGCCAGUCUUAUAAUAUUUUGUAUUCGGUAGUGUCCUCUGUAUCAUAUUCUCGGUUAUAUAUUGUCUAGCAAGUAACACGAAAAUUCAGGUUUUACCAGACCUCAAGUAUAAGGAUAUACUAAAUACUAUACAGUAUGUACUAAACUACAUAUUCAUAUAUGUAUAAAUAUGUGGUUUUUAUAUAAAAUAACAAGUGUGCACGGAGAGAGCGAUUGAAUUAUGUGUGAAUCUCUUAGUACGUUUGAUGAAGGAAAAAGAAAACUGAACUGUAUUAAAAUACUCCACCGCCACGUACUUGUAAUCGUAAAGAGUGAAGAGAAAAAAAAGGAAAAAAAAGUACACCUUAGGAUUACACUUAGCGUAAGUUUGUAUACAAAUAUUAAUAUGUAAGUUGAUGAAGAGGAAAAAAAAGAUAAAAUAAUAAUAAUUAACAUCGUAGUUAGGGUCUUUCAGAAGGUUCCCCCAGACUAUGCGAAAAUAGCUUUACGAUUUAUAAAAGAAAGAAAAAGAAACUUUUCCCAAGUUCGCCACACGUUCGGAGUCUGUUAAACGGAGCAGUAUAAUCGAAGAGGGCUUAUUAAAAAUCUAUACAUCAAUACCUACAUAUAAACUACAGUAGCGAUUCAAUGUGCCGAGACUUUACAUACAACGUUUCGCAGAUCAGUCAACUCCCUCUUUUUCAUUUCAAACAAUUUGAAAAUUCACGUCCUUAGGUGUCGCAAGUAGUGAUGACGAUAUCAUUAAUUUACAUGUAUCUCUUUACAUAUUGCGAAUCUCCAAACUUCGAACGAAUUAUCUGUUGUAAAGUCUUGAGCAAGCUUGCUACCCCGUCGUACCGACGAAUUCCAGUAUGUAUGUGGGGUGUUGUAGAUUAAAAAACGAAAAAAUAAAAAGAAAUAAAACAAAAUGAAGAAAAAAUAAAAUAAAAUGAAAUAAAAUUGUGGCUAAACAUUUUAUAUAACGCGAUCACAGAAUUUUUCGAAAAGAUCGAGGAAUGCUUGGAACCGAGAAAAAAAGAAAUAUUUUUAGUAAUAUGAACAAAAAAUUUAACAUUAAUAAAAAUGUAAUGACACUAAAAACUAAGUAAAGGGAAAAAAUAUGUAAGUGUAAUAUUAUGAUCGAUAUAUAUAGCUUUGAGCUAAUAUUAUAUUUUAUCCACAAAAUAUAAUUAGUAUUCGUAACAAUUUGAAUAUAAGCGUAAUUAAAAACGAAAAGAAAAGAAAACCAAAUUAUUAGUUAUUUUCAGAUCAAGAUUACUAAAUGAGUUCUGUUUUUUCUUUGCCCACAUGUGAACACAUACAAUAAUUUUGUGCGCCUAAAGAAUAUUUAAUAUUACAAAUAUUGAAUUUAAAUUUGUUCCGCUUGAGUUGAAAAAAGCACAUAAAGCAAUAUUUAAAAAAUCUAUAUGUAAUGGCGUUCUUUUUCGAUGGUCCAUAACACUUAUGAAUAUUAUUCUGAUUCAUAGAGAUUUGUUCGCCAUUGGUAGACAAAAUUUUUCACAAAUGCGGUGAGCCAAUCGGGAGAUUAUUAUGAUUCGAUUAAUCAAAAUUUCAAAACUGUAUUUUCGUUCCUAUUUCUGUGAGGAAAAAAGAAAAAAUCGAAAGGAUAAUUCAGCGCUUAUGUUACAUUCAAUAAAGCUAUGGUUGUGAAAUAA